AUGAGAAUCAACGUUCUAGCUGCCGCUGUUCUCCUCGCCCAGCUUGCGAGUGCAAGCCCUGCCGCAAAGCGUCAGACAUACAUUGCGUGUUCUGGGCUCUAUGGCACCGCCCAAUGCUGCGCAACCGAUGUCUUGGGCCUCGUAGACUUGGAUUGCGGUAACCCACCUUCGCUCCCGGCAAGCCCAGACGAGUUCAGCUCGGUCUGCUCUGCGAUUGGUCAGCGAGCACGAUGCUGUGUGCUCCCGGUUCUUGAACAAGGUGUCUUGUGCCAGACACCUACCGGUGUUGAUGACUAG